UCUGCCUGUCUGUCUGCCUACCUGUCUGCAUCAUGCUCACCAGGCGUUUGUGUUGCAGGAACGUUGUUCUUCUGUUGUCUCUGUUCAUCCUGAUGGUCGAGGGAGAACUCGACUCCAAAGAUACAGGAAUACAAAGCAUGUCGACAGAUAAAGAUUCCACAUCUGAUGAAGCCCCAACAGAGAGUAUGAACGCCGUCUCUCCAGAUCAGCCCGAUGAAUCCCAGUCUUACAGAAGAGGACCUUCAGAUAUCAGCAGCUCCAGUUCAGAGACUGCAGAUGCAGCCAAUCAUGUAACAGCACCUGAAACUGCUGCGGCUGCUACAAACACUGUGGAGGAGGAAGAUGAAGACCGUGACUCUGAAGAAGGAGAGAAGAAGAAGUCCCUCUCAGCCAAACCUCAAAGCCCCGCCCUCUCGCCACAAAGCCCCGCCCAUGUAAUCAUAAGUCCCGCCCACGUCCCACAGAGCCCCGCCCACUCCCCUCAGCCAAUCAUUCCUCAGCCGAAAGCUGUGGUGAGGAACCGCACGUCCAAGAGACGAUCCAGGACCAACAGGCGUCAGAUAUAAAGUCAAUACAAAUAUUUAUCAUUGAUACUCAGAUAAACACGUGUACUGUAUAAACACAAAUGUAAAAUUACAAAUGAUAAAACCUUCAGUAUGAAAACAUUUAAACAAACUCUUAUUUUUAAAAACCUUUACACAAUUCAUAUUCAGUCAUAUAAUUUAAUUUGGUUGUUUUUAUUAAAUAUUAUGAAUAAAUAAUAAUGUGCUCCUUUUGUUUUCAAUCACUGUUACUCUAAAAAACGGAAUUACGAUCAGCUGUUUGUGAUUGUGUUUGAUUGUUGGACGAAGUUGUAACAUUAAACAUGUUCAUCGGAUCAUUUAAAGAAGUAAACUAUGCAGUUUCAUGACUCAAAAUUCAUUUAGUUUUCCAUGUUGUCUUCAUAUUUAAGCAAGAUAUGAGGCUUGAUAGAGACUCACCUCAUUAACAUAAUGUUCUUGUCUUUAUAAGUUAGUAAUCCAGUUGGGACUCACCUCAUGAACAUAAUGUUUUUGUCUUUACAAGUUAGUUCUCCAGUUGGGACUCACCUCAUGAACAUAAUGUUCUUGUCUUUACAAGUUAGUUCUCCAGUUGGGACUCACCUCAUUAACAUAAUGUUCUUGUCUUUACAAGUUAGUUCUCCAGUUGGGACUCACCUCAUUAACAUAAUGUUUUUGUCUUUAUAAAAGAGUUCUCCAGGUGAGACUCACCUCAUUAACAUAAUGUUCUUGUCUUUACAAGUUAAUUCUCCAGUUGGGACUCACCUCAUUAACAUAAUGUUCUUGUCUUUAUAAAAGAGUUCUCCAGGUGAGACUCACAUCAUGAACAUAAUGUUCUUGUCUUUAUAAAAGAGUUCUCCAGGUGAGAUUCACCUCAUUAACAUAAUGUACUUGUCUUUAUAAGAAAAUUCUCCAGUUGAGACUCACCUCAUUAACAUAAUGUUCUUGUCUUUAUAAAAGAGUGCUCCAGGUGAGACUCACCUCAUUAACAUAAUGUUCUUGUAUUUAUAAAUCAUUGUGUGCACACAUUGCGGGUUCUGGCUGCUUCACCACCUUGUUGGGUUGCUAUGCUGUCGUCAGUGCACAAAACUUCCACCAGAGAAUAAUGAAGAGGAAGAUUUUACAAGACAAAUCACACACGAUCUCUGAGAAUAUAUGUAAUUUAUACAUCCAUAUAUGAUAUAUUUACUAAUUGACUGGCGUCUUUUUUUACAUGUUUUGUCACAUGUUGAUGUUAAUAAAGUUG